AUGACAGACCUUUUCGUGCAAGCCUCAGGCCCUCUACGGACGAAACGAAACUUCAAAGGCCUCGCUCUGAGCGCGGAACCUCCCUCCCCACCUCCUCCAGGCGGAAAGAAGCGACCACCGCCUCUCGGUGCGGCUAUGGCGCUCGGAGGCGGCCCAGCACCACUGGGCGGACUCCCACUUUUGGACGACCUACCAGGUGAAAGCCCCGCAACCGGCCGCCACAGCGCCAUGCAAGCCACCCUCUCCGACAAGCUCGCCAAACUCGAACUCAAGAAACGGAUAAAAGACCUCAAAAACGACGAUCUCAAGAAGCUCUCCGAUCUGGGACAGGGUAAUGGCGGAAGCGUGGAGAAAGUCGAGCAUCUCCCGACAGGAACUAUCAUGGCUAAGAAGAGUGUUCUGAUCGAUGCCAAAUCGUCCGUCAGGAAGCAGAUCCUCCGCGAACUCGACAUCAUGCACGAGUGCCAAUCCGACUACAUCAUCUCAUGCUUUGGGUCGUUCCUGGCAGAACCCAACAUCUGCAUCUGUAUGGAAUUCAUGGACAAAGGGUCCUUCGACGGGAUCUACAAGAAACUGGGACCGCUGCAGGUCGAGGUUGUGGGGAUGGUCGCGCUUUCCGUCUUGGAAGGCCUGACGUAUCUGUACGAUGUUCAUCGCAUCAUGCAUCGCGACAUCAAACCCUCAAACAUCCUCUUCAACUCCCAAGGACAAAUCAAACUAUGCGACUUUGGCGUGUCCGGCGAAGUCAUCAACUCCAUCGCAAACACCUUCGUAGGGACAUCAGUCUACAUGAGCCCCGAACGCAUCCAAAGCCACGGCGACGGCUACUCGGUCAAAUCCGACGUCUGGUCCCUCGGCAUGUCCCUCGUCGAACUCGCAUUGGGUGCAUUCCCCUUCACAGACCCACCAGACGACGACGACGACGACCUCUCCGACCUCGAAGGCGACUCCUCGAGUCCAAGUCCAUCGGACGCCCAACACCAACGCACACCCACACACCGCGACUCGUUCCUCCUCAGCAAAAAGACCGCCAAACGCGCAAGCAAGCGCAGAAGCAAACUCACCUACAACCCAGAUGGGCAGUUGUCCACCAUGAGCAUCUUUGAACUGAUCCAUCAAAUCGUUCAGGAGCCCUCACCUCGACUCCCGAGCGACAAAUUCCCAGCUGAUGCCGUGGACCUGGUGGAUAUCUGUUUGUUGAAGAACCCAGAGGAGAGGCAAACGCCGAAAGCACUAUUGGUACGGAACCAUCCAUGGAUUGUCGCCAUCCGAGAGUCAGACUUUGACAUUCAAGCCUUUGCCGCCACCGUUUAA